UCUCGGGAAUAUCGUGAGCAUCAGUGAACAGCCUUAGCCUUCGCUAUCACCAUAGCCAUCUCAUAUGCCUUCAAGGGGAGAAUUGGGAGCCAGAGAUCAGACGCACCGUUUGGAAGAGGGAGUUUUGAAUUCCACAGCCAGGGACGCAGCGUUUUGGACGGGGACCGAAGGAGGUUUUGAGGCGGGAGCGACUGUUUAGGGAGGCGGAGACGGCUGGGGAUUUGGAGUGGGCUUGCCGUUAAAGAGCGGGAACGGGAACGGAGGAGAAGGACACUGUGGGAGGUGACUGUUCUUGAUCAUCUUCUUCUCUGCUGCGGAUCGACUGGUACAGCGGAGGAGAUCGGCAAGACUGUUCAUCCUCUUCUUCCUUGGUUUUGUACGAGCUUAGCUGGAGGCUAAAUCUGGUUCAUCUAUCGUUGUCUUCUUCUUCUCUGGACCUGAGGAGAAACGCCGACUGGUUCUAGCAGGAAGAGAAGGAUCGUAGAACUGGAACGGAGCUACCAGAGGACGUGAUCGAGAUAUUGGUUGCGGCUAGGGAAGGAAGAGACCGUUGCUGGAGACUUGGGUUCUUAUUCAGUUUACAAUCAUUCCGCUUUCAUCAUUCCGUUAUUCAGAUUUUUCAUUCCACUGGUGAGAAAAGGAAGAGGAAGAACAGGAAGCUGACAAAAGCAAAAUGGUGGUCUCUAGUAUCAACCCCCACAAUAAGGAGAUAGCCAUCAGGAGGAGGAUUGCUAGCAUAUUUAAUAAGCGUGAAGAUGAUUUCCCAUCUUUGAGAGAGUACAAUGAUUACUUGGAGGAAGUAGAGGACAUGACAUUUAACUUGAUUGAAGGAAUAAAUGUUGCUGCUAUUGAAGCAAAAAUUGCCAAAUACCAGGAAGAAAAUGCUGAACAGAUAAUGAUAAAUCGUGCCCGGAAGGCAGAAGAAUUAGCUGCUGCUCUGGCAGCUAGCAAGGGACAGCCUGCACAAACUGAUAAUGAUGGGGGUGCAAACCAAACCUCUCAAGCAGGAUUUGGUGUUCCGCAGGGGCAAUACGCACCCACCUUUGCCGGACAGCCAAGGCCCACCGGCAUGGGCCCACAACCUGUGCCACUUGGAGGGGGUGACAUGCUGGGCUAUGCUGGCGAUGAUGAAGAAGCCAUGAGACUACGAGCUGAGAGAGGUGCGAGGGCUGGAGGAUGGAGUGUGGAAAUUAGCAGGAAGAGAGCGCUUGAAGAAGCCUUUGGAAGCAUAUGGGUUUGUUAACAGAUUUCUGCCUUGUGGGAUAUGUGAAUGACAUCUAAAUCGUUUCUACGCUCGAAGGGCAUGCAAAUUUCAGCCUCAAAUAGGCUAUUCACUUGGAUCUUAUGUUGUAAAUGGGGUACUUUGUAAGAUUACAGCAAGUUCUUUUUUAUUCGAUUUGAAGAUUACUGCAAUUCUGUUUGUUCUUCUCAAGGUUUGAUACCUGGCGACAAAAAAGAAAGAGAUUCUUAGAUGCAAUAUUUGAUAAUAAGUAGACAAAUCAUUAUUGAUAAUUAGAUAUA